AUGACAUCAUCAACUCGUAGCAAGAGUAAGAGAAUUGCAUCAUCUAAUGAUGAGAUUCCAAACAAUAAUCCUUUGGCUGCUUUUGCAUCUAUUAAACAAUCUCGAUCUGCUACACCUCACUUUAAACCAUCAAAUUGCAAUACUCAAGUAAACAAUAGUGAAGAUGAUAUUGAUAAGGAUAUAAGUGAAAAAGUUAAUAUAGUACGUAAAGAGACUUCAAUAGUAGUAGUAGAAAUUUCCAUACACGACUACUCAAACACUGAUAACAAUAAAAAUCGGGCGUUAUCUAGCAGAUCAUCUAUGACUUCAACUUUGAGUACUCGUCAAUUUAAGGAUAAUUUUACCAUGAAUGAUGAAGAGCAGGAACAUAUAAAGAGAAAGAAUAGUGUUG